UCAGUCACCACAAACAACAAAACCAUACACUCACUCUUGAGUAGUACCCACAGAUAUAUACACACACAAAGUGUAACUGCUGUAUACACAACCUACAUCUACUCUUGUGCUCUCCGAUUAGAUUCUUCCUGUCAUCCUGUCACUCUCUCUGAAACCUUCAUUAUCUUCGUGGUCCUGGCGACCUAAAAUUUGAAAAUGAUCUCGGAUAUUUGCCAUUUCCUGCUCCUCAAACUUUCUUUAUAAUCGAGUCUGGGAAGGCUUAUCAUAUUGGUGGUCUGGGAAUCUUGAAGUCAGCAAAACUAGGAGGGAGGCUGAAGUUUAAGCCGGAGAGAAGCAGAUAUGGUCUGGGAAGACAUGUUCGAUUUAAGCAGAGAAAUGAAUUUCAGCAGGCUUGAAUUUCAGACAGAAUGGCUCCAGCAAAACUAUCCCUGCUUGUGUGAGCACAUUAGCAUAGUUAUGCAAGUUAGUUUCCUUGGCAUCUUAGUACUGUAUUACUUACAAAAAAGCAUGGGCGAGAUCUGCAAACAAAGAACAAAUUUCCCAGACCAAGGCACAGAGAAGCAUGGCACCGGCAUUGGCAUAAGAUUCAGCACCAUUUACAAGAUCAGCAUAGCUUGUUGCUCUUUACUGAUGGUGACUCAUUUCAUAUUGCUGCUACUGUUGCUAAAUGGAAGUGUGACUUACUGCAAUCAUAAAGUUCGUGCAAUUUCAUCCGAGGGUAUGCAAGUGGUAUCAUGGGCAAUAUCAUCGAUUACAGUAUACCAGAUUGUGAAUAUCAAGUCCAUCAAGUUUCCUUGGCUAUUAAGAGCAUGGUGGUUUUGCAGCUUCAUCUUGUCCAUCAUCUCUGUGGCUGCUGAUACUCACUUCCGUAUCACAUACCAUGGUCAGCUUCGGUUACGUGAUUAUGCUGACUUCAUAAUUGUCCUUGCAUCCGCCUGCCUAUUUGCUAUUUCAAUUCAAGGCAAGACAGGACUCACUCUCACCAUCCCAAAUGGCAUCAGUGAACCACUUCUAAAUGGAAAAGGUGAUAAACAAUCAGAAGGAAGACGAGAAUCUCCAUAUGGAAAAGCUACUCUUCUCCAACUUGUCACAUUCUCUUGGCUCAACCCUUUGUUUGCUGUUGGAGUCAAGAAACCCAUAGACCAGGAAGAAAUCCCAGAUGUCGAUAUCAAAGACUCAGCUGAGUAUCUGUCUCACUCUUUUGAUGAGAGACUGCAAAAUGUUAAGGAGAGAGAUGGAACCACAAACCCAGAAAUCUACAAGACAAUAUACUUAUUUAUCAGGAAGAAAGCAGCAAUCAAUGCAUUGUUUGCUGUUAUAUGUGCUGUUUCAUCAUAUGUUGGUCCAUAUCUCAUUGAUGACUUUGUAAACUUUCUGACAGAGAAGAAAACUCGAAGCUUAGGGAGUGGCUAUUUUCUUGCACUUGCCUUUCUAGGAGCUAAGAUGGUUGAAACAAUAGCACAGAGGCAAUGGAUUUUUGGGGCUCGACAGCUAGGGCUUCGCCUUAGAGCUGCUCUGAUAUCUCAAAUUUUCAAGAAAGGCUUACGUCUAUCAAGCCUAUCCCGCCAAAGCCACACUAGCGGAGAGGUCAUCAACUAUAUGAGUGUAGACAUCCAAAGAAUCACGGACUUCAUCUGGUACUUAAACAUAAUAUGGAUGAUGCCUAUUCAAAUUUCCUUGGCAAUCUACAUUCUUCAUACAAAUCUAGGCAUGGGUUCAUUAGCUGCAUUAGCUGCAACUUUGGCAGUACUGCUUUGCAACAUACCGAUGACUAAUCUCCAGAAAAGAUAUCAGACUAGGAUCAUGGAAGCCAAGGACAACAGGAUGAAAGCCACUUCAGAAAUUCUUCGAAGCAUGAAGACAAUCAAACUUCAGGCAUGGGACAGUCAGUUCCUUCAAAAGUUAGAAAGUUUGAGGAAAGUAGAGUAUGGUUGGCUAUGGAAGUCACUACGACUGUCAGCAACUACCGCCUUCGUCUUUUGGGGAUCACCCACAUUUAUCUCUGUGGUCACUUUCUGGGCUUGUAUGCUGAUGGGCAUAGACCUCACAGCAGGGAGAGUUUUAUCAGCACUGGCCACUUUCAGAAUGUUACAGGACCCUAUAUUCAAUCUACCUGACCUGCUCUCUGCGAUUGCACAGGGAAAAGUAUCUGCGGAUAGAGUAGCUUCAUAUCUCAUGGAAGAUGAAAUUCAGCAGGAUGGCAUUGAGCAUUUUCCAAAAGAUCAAAUGGAAAACUCCAUUGAGAUAGAAAAUGGAAAAUUUGGCUGGAAUAUUGAGCCAAGCAACACAACUCUUGAUGGAAUACAGUUAAAAGUGAAGAGGGGUAUGAAAGUGGCAAUUUGUGGGACUGUAGGAUCAGGGAAGUCUAGCCUUCUGUCAUGCAUACUUGGAGAAAUUCAGAAGUUGUCAGGGACAGUGAAGAUCAGCGGUACAAAGGCUUAUGUUCCUCAAUCUCCAUGGAUUCUGACAGGAAAUAUCAGGGAGAAUAUUCUUUUUGGAAAUGCAUACGACAAGGCCAAGUAUGACAGAACUGUGAAAGCAUGUGCAUUGGAAAAGGAUUUUGAGCUAUUCUCUUGUGGAGAUCUAACAGAAAUUGGAGAAAGAGGAAUUAAUAUGAGUGGAGGACAGAAACAAAGGAUACAAAUUGCUCGUGCAGUUUACCAGGAUGCUGAUAUAUAUUUACUCGAUGACCCUUUUAGUGCUGUUGAUGCUCACACAGGCACCCAACUCUUUGAGGACUGCAUGAUGGGUCUUCUCAGAGAGAAGACCACUCUUUAUGUCACUCACCAGGUUGAGUUUCUCCCGGCAGCGGACAUAAUUCUGGUGAUGCAAAAUGGAAAGAUUGUGCAAGCUGGAAGCUUUGAAGAGCUUCUAAAACAAAAUACAGGCUUUGAAGUUUUGGUUGGUGCUCAUAGCCGAGCUCUAGAGUCAAUCCUUACAGUUGAAAAUAGCAGCAGAACUACUCAAGAUCCAACACCUGAGAGUGAACCCAUCAUAGAGUCCACUUCAGAUGCUGAACUUCAACAGACACGACAGGAAUCUGAGCAUAAUCUCUCUCUGGAGAUUACUGAAAAAGAAGGAAAAUUGGUUCAAGAUGAAGAGAGAGAGAAAGGAAGCAUUGGAAAAGAAGUUUACUGGUCGUAUUUGACAACUGUGAAAGGUGGUGUACUGAUUCCAAUCAUAAUCUUGGCACAGUCAUCUUUCCAAGUACUGCAGGUAGCUAGUAACUAUUGGAUGGCAUGGGCUUCUCCUCCCACAAGUGAGACGGAGCCUAAAGUGGGAAUAAAGUUCACAUUACUUGUUUAUGUACUGCUUGCUGUUGGAAGUUCACUAUGUGUGCUGCUGCGUGCAUCGCUAGUAGCAGUAGCCGGACUUUCAACAGCACAAAAGCUCUUCACAACUAUGCUACAUAGUGUACUCCGAGCGCCAAUGUCUUUUUUUGAUUCAACACCAACUGGAAGAAUCUUAAACCGGGCAUCCACUGAUCAAAGUGUGUUAGAUUUGGAAAUGGCAACCAGAUUAGGUUGGUGUGCUUUCUCAAUAAUACAGAUUCUAGGGACCAUUGCAGUGAUGUCGCAAGUAGCCUGGGAAGUGUUCGUGAUAUUCAUUCCUGUAACUGCAAUUUGCAUAUGGUAUCAGCAAUAUUACAUACCAACAGCAAGAGAACUGGCACGGUUAUCAGGCAUACAAAGAGCUCCCAUCCUCCACCACUUUGCGGAAUCUUUGGCAGGAGCAGCAACAAUCCGUGCUUUUGACCAACAAGACCGAUUUAGUGAUGCAAACCUCAGUCUUAUUGACAGCCACUCAAGACCAUGGUUCCAUAACGUGUCAGCAAUGGAAUGGCUUUCUUUCAGACUAAAUAUACUCUCCAACUUCGUGUUUGCCUUCUCAUUGGUUCUAUUGGUGACCCUCCCUGAAGGAGUUAUUAAUCCAAGCAUUGCAGGGUUGGCAGUAACGUAUGGAAUAAACUUGAAUGUUUUGCAAGCUUCAGUUAUAUGGAACAUGUGCAAUGCAGAAAAUAAGAUGAUCUCAGUUGAAAGAAUUUUGCAGUACUCAAAUUUAACAAGUGAAGCAGCUCUUGUAAUUGAAGAUAGCAAACCACCAAUGAACUGGCCGCAAGUUGGAACAAUUUGUUUCAAAAAUCUACAGAUCCGUUAUGCUGAACAUCUCCCAUCUGUCCUAAAAAACAUUAGCUGCACAUUUCCGGGACAGAACAAAGUUGGGGUUGUAGGAAGGACGGGCAGUGGGAAAUCAACCCUCAUACAGGCCCUUUUCAGGAUAGUUGAACCUAGAGAAGGAAGCAUUAUAAUUGAUGAUGUAGACAUUUGCAAAAUCGGCCUUCAUGAUUUAAGAUCAAGGCUUAGCAUCAUUCCUCAGGACCCAACAAUGUUUGAAGGAACAGUGAGAGGAAACCUCGACCCACUAGAGCAAUACUCUGACAAUGAUGUCUGGGAGGCUCUAGAUAAAUGUCAGCUAGGUGAUCUAGUGCGUGCAAAGGAAGAGAAGUUGGAAGCAUCAGUGGUCGAAAAUGGAGAAAAUUGGAGUGCGGGCCAAAGACAGUUAGUUUGCCUUGGAAGAGCAUUGCUCAAGAAAAGCAGAAUUCUGGUAUUGGAUGAAGCAACCGCAUCAGUUGAUUCUGCAACUGAUGGGGUGAUCCAGAAGAUCAUCAGCCAAGAAUUCAAAGAUCGAACUGUCGUUACAAUAGCUCACAGAAUCCACACAGUUAUAGACAGUGAUCUCGUUUUGGUCCUUAGCGAUGGAAGGAUUGCAGAAUACGACACGCCAGCCAAGCUACUAGAGAGAGAAGAGUCGUUAUUUUCCAAACUCAUAAAGGAGUACUCAAUGAGAUCCCAGAGCUUCAACAGCUUUCCAAAUCUACAUAACUAAGAAUUCCAAGAUUCAACUAGCUUGAGGGAUCAACAGGGGCCAUGUAUAAUUUAAGAACCAUAAAAAUGGAUUGGCUAGAUGAAGUAGUAGCUGUUAUAGUUCUACUGAUAGAUAUAGAUGCAGCAUCGAUCAGGAGAUUUAAUUUCUAUGUCAAAAUGAUCACGAUAUUUCUCCGAAAUUCGAGUAUGUACCAGUAUGUACGUAGGAGAACUUACCAAUAAAAGAGUUCCUUGAAUCGA